AGAGGAAACUGGAUGGUUUCAUGAACAAUGCUAUAUUCAAUUAUCUUCUUGGAUAAAUUUUAAACGAAUUAAAGAGAUUUUUGAAAAUAUGAGUAUAAAGAUAAUAAACAAUUUUUAUGGGGAUGAUAAAAGUGCUAUCGAUAUGCGAAAUUAUUCAAUAAAACAAUAUAAACAAUGUUCAGUUCAUAGAGAAUAUCGAUGUGAUUAUUCUAAUUUAGAUAUUCAUUGUGAAAAAUGUGAUGAUGCAUGUCGAGAAUUUUAUGAAUUGUUAAUUGUGUGUGAUAGUUUAGGAAAUGAAUUAACUUCAGAACAAAAAGAUCCUUUUAUUUUUGGAAAAGAAAAUUUUAAAGAAAAUAUAAAACAUGAUAAUAUUUGA